AUGGUCUUCACCUUCGUCCUGUGCUACGUGGUCCUGGCCACUGCGACUAUCGCCAAGCCCGGGUCGCAGCUGACCAAGCAGAACUUCUACUUCGGCUUGGCAAUCGCCUCGUGUGUCACUGCCGGUGGCUUUGCUGCUGGAGCACUGUCCGGUGGCGAGCUGAACCCGGCGGUGUCAACAGGCUCGCAUUUAGCGGCUUUGAGUUCGCCGGAGCGCUGCUGGCCGCCACAGGGCCCAGUGGUGAUUGCAUUCUAUGUGACCCAUCCGACGGAGAUGGAAAAGGAAGCAACCUGGUACUCCUGCUAUGCGGCCGAGUUCCUUGGCACCUUCGUACUGGUCUUUACCGUGGUUUGCAACGUGCUGGCUUCCAACGAGAACUGGUCACCUACUUCAAUUGCUUGCUCCUUGAUGGUCAUGAUCUAUGCAACGGGAGCAGUGUCCGGAGGUCAUCUGAAUCCAGCAGUCACCUUUGCCAUUUCUUUGGCGACCGGUGAUUGGUCGUUGAAAGCAGCGGGGUAUGUCGCAUCACAGCUCGUGGGUGGCAUUGCUGCUGGUUUCGCUGCUUGCAGCCUGUUCACAGAUGUGGCUGAUGUUGGUGUGAAGGAUCCUUAUCACGUAUCCUACGCACUGAUGGCAGAGUUCAUCUACACUGCCAUGUUGGCCUUCACUGUGCUUAAUGUGGCGGUCUCCAAGCGCAACAACUCUGCCACUGAUGGCAACAACUUCUAUGCCUUAGCUAUUGCGUGGGUCAUCAUUGCCGGAGGCUAUGCGGUCGGAGGAGUCUCAGGCGCCGCCUUCAACCCGGCAGUGGCCAUCGGCCUGGAUGUCUCGAGCUACAGCAAGGGCGUCGGCAUGGGCUUUCUCUGGGGCUUGUUUGAACUUCUGGGAGCUGUGGCGGCAGUGGCGCUCUACCGGGUGCUUCGGCCGGAGGACUAUCUCGAUCUUGACGCCGCUGCCUUGGACAACUACCAACCUUCGUUGUCAGUUCAGGGCUGCGCUAAGGACGCUUCAAGCUUCAAGCAGCAAGGAUUUCGCUGCCCGAAUGUGGUUGAAAAUUGGACGCAAACACAGAGGCAGUUAGCACGUCUGAGCAUUCGGACGUGGUCGGUUAGUGUCGCUUUGCUGCUGAUCCUGAGCCAGAAAAAUCAGCCAACGCAGUACGCAACACGGCCAUUAAUUCAGGCAAAGCUCCUGAGUGAGUUCCUCGGCGUCUUCAUGCUCGUGCUGACUGUGGGCCUCAACCUUGUGAAUGGCUCCCCGGCGACAGCGUGGUCGGCAGCGGCAGCUUUGAUGUGCAUGAUCUAUUGUUUGGGAAACAUCUCCGGAGCUCACCUCAAUCCUGCUGUGACCAUGGCUGUUGUGGCCAGUGGUCGAAAGCUCUGUCAUCACUCUGAAGGCGUGGCAUACGCUUCGACGCAGCUUUUGGCAGGUACAGUCGCGGGCUUUGUGUACAGCAUGUACCAUGCUGCCGGACCAAAGCACCAUGUCCAAGAGUUGGUCGCUGGCCUCGUGGAGCUGUCUGCCACUUUGCUCUUGGCCUACGUCGUGCUCAGCUGUUCGUUGUUUCGAGAGAACGUGCAGAAGAGAGUCCCAUACCCAGCUAAAUUAGGCUUCUACUUCGCCUUGGCCAUCGGGUCGUGUGUUACGGUCGGUGGCUUUGCCAUCGGCGCAGUGUCCGGAGGUGAGCUGAAUCCUGCAGUGGCCCUGGGCAUCACAGCGGCCAGCGGAAUGCAGCAUCCAGCCGACACGGUGGACCACUCCUUCUCCAACUUCGUCCGCCUCGGGAUUUGGGAGAUGACGGGUGCUUUCGCGGCGGCAGCCUUCUUCAAGAUCAGUCACAGCAAGGCAACGGGCACAGGGGAAGGUUUCAGAGCUCUGGCCCUCGACUUCUUUUUCCGAUUACAGGGAGUAAGGCGGCACCAAAGGAAAGCUGUCCUAGAUGGUAGACUUCUGGUGACGACCACUGCAAAGGGCAAGGCCGAGGAAAGUUUGUCGAUAGCACAGCUAAGCCAAGUGGGUUGUCUGCGGUGGGGUAGGUUGCAGCGUUGGUUUGAUCAGAUGCCGCGCAUUUCACAGCUUUGUGAGCUGAAAAGUGCAUUGAGGGUUGCAGCCGAAGGCAUUGAAGCUCGCAGGCCACGAUCCGUCACGGAGCUGGCGCGGCCGGAGAAGGUCAUGGGAGACGAAUCCAAGGGAGCUUUCGGUCGGCGUGUGGCAGUAGCAGUGGCUUUCAGCACCGUGCUGGCACGCCCACGUCGUGCUAUGGCUCUAUCAGUGGCCACUGCAACGGAAGACGAGGUGGUGAAUGUCGUUGAUGGCGACACAGUAAAGCUGAAGCAAGCUGGCCGCUGCCGACUCAUCGGUGUAAACACCCCGGAGACGGUGGCUCCGAGGCAGAAGGAAGGUGCCCCGCCCGACUGCUAUGGGCCAGAGGCAUCGGCUCUGACGAAGGGCCUGCUACCACCGGGCAGCAAGGUUCGGAUCGAGUUCGAUGUGGAGCCCACGGACAAGUAUGGCCGACAACUCGUAUAUGUUUACAGGGCGACCGACGGCCUCUUCAUCAACGGCGAGUUGGUAAAGAAGGGGGCCGCAAGGCGCCUGCGGGUUCCUCCGAAUGUGCGGUACGACGACUUCUUCACAAAGCUGGAGACGGAUGCGCGUGCGGCUCGCGUCGGGUUGUGGAAAUCAUGCCCUGCCGGAGCUGUGGCGCCCUUGAUCGCCAAACCGUUUGUGGACCCCAAGGAGCUGAAGAAAACCACCUGCAGAGAUUUUUCCAGCUACCAGGAGGCGAAGGCCUGGUUUGACAAGUACUUUUCCCAGUACGGUGAUGUGGCCGGCCUGGACGGCGACAAAGAUGGCAAGCCGUGUGAGAAGCUUCUGAGAAGCAAGUGA